UCUCGUUCCGACAAGAUACAAGACACGAGACACAAAUACUCUAUUUAAAGCGCAAAGAUCAGACACACACACACUUAGCCUCAAAACCUUUCUUCCUUGUGAGUUCUGAGUUAUCUUUAACAGUAAAAUGGGGAGAUCUCCGUGUUGCGACGAGAAUGGGCUGAAGAAAGGGCCAUGGACACAAGAAGAGGAUGAGAAACUGAUUGAUCACAUUCAAAAACACGGUCAUGGAAGCUGGAGAGCUCUUCCUAAGCAAGCCGGUUUAAACCGAUGUGGAAAGAGUUGUAGACUGAGAUGGACCAACUACUUGAGACCUGACAUCAAGAGAGGAAACUUCACUGAAGAGGAAGAAGAAACCAUCAUCAACCUCCAUUCGCUUCUUGGAAACAAGUGGUCGUCAAUAGCCAGUAAUCUUCCUGGAAGAACGGACAAUGAAAUCAAAAACUAUUGGAACACACAUUUGAGAAAGAAACUGCUCCAAAUGGGGAUUGACCCGGUGACACAUAGGCCUCGAACCGACCAUCUGAACGUGUUAGCCGCUCUCCCACAACUUAUCGCCGCCGCAAAUUUCAACAACCUCUUGAAUCUCAAUCAAAAUGUGCAACUGGAUGCAACAACUCUUGCCAAAGCUCAAUUAUUACACAACAUGAUUCAAGUCCUUAGCACCAACAACAACAACAUUCCAAGUUCUUCUCCAUUAACCAUGCAGACCAAUAACAAUCUCUUUGGCCAAUCUUCUUACUUAGAGAACCAAAGUCUUUUUGGUCAACCUCAAAACUUCUCUCACGUUCCUGGGGCUAACCACGACGAGAAAAUGAUGGUAGAAAACCAACUGAUUGAUCAGCCUUUGGAUUCUUUUUCUUCUCUGAUGCAAAUGGAUGUUCAAGAUGAUCAUAAUUCGCUUCCUCUAUUGGCUGCGGCAUCUCCUGAGGAAUUUAAACAAAGCCAGAUGAUGAUCAAAAACAAAGACAUCGUUCACCGUCAUGAUACUUCUAACCCUUCAUCAUCAAACUCGUCGUUCACACAAGAUCACCAUCAGCCAUGGUGUGACACUAUUGAUGAUGAAGCAGGUGAUUCUUAUUGGAAAGAGAUCAUGGAGCAAACGUGUUCGGAACCAUGGCCGUUCCCUGAAUAGACAAGAUUGAAAAACAAAA